UAAGUUAAACAAAAACCGUUUGACAUUGUUUUCUAUCACAAUAUAAAAACUAUCAUGUUCAAGAAAUCACUGUUUUGAACUUGGUCUUGUCAAUGCAUGACUUAAGUAUUAACAUCAACAAUGGCACAAACAUAUGAUUCUUCAACAUUUCCAUUAAAGAUGUGGGAAACUGAUGUUGAUUAUUAUGCAGACAGUGUUGAGUGGUGCCCUGUAAAUCCUUAUCAAGAUCUUCUGUUAUGUGGAAUGUAUCAGUUAGAAGAGGACAAGUCAGUAACUGAGGGUGCAGGCUUCAAUUCACAGACCAGGGUAGGAUGUCUACAAUUAUUUCAACUGACUCAAGAAGAUACCUGUUUUCUCCAGUAUAAACUUCAGACAUCUGGAGUUCUUGAUGUUAAAUGGUCUCCUCAUAUGAUUCAUAGAUAUUGUCUAGUGGGUGUGGCAUCAGCAGAUGGUCAGCUUGUUCUGUAUAACCUAAAGAAUGUAGAUGAUUCUCCAAACUUUGUACUAGAAGAGUUUUCCAAAAAAACAUUAGAUGAGAGUUUUAGUAAUUUAGCUCUUUCACUGGACUGGUUCAACUGGAAGCAACCCAGCCUUGAUCCAAAGGUGGUAGUAAGUGACUCAAAUGGACAGAUGACUGUACUACAACUUACAGAGACAAAUUUAGACAUUCUUCAUCAAUGGAAUGCUCACAGUUUUGAAUGUUGGAUUGGUGCAGCCAACUAUUUUGAUCCCAGUGUUGUUUUUUCAGGAGGAGAUGACUGUUUGCUGAAAAGUUGGGAUAUUCGGAUGUCAACCAUUCAUCCAGUUUUUACUUGUAAAAAACAUUCCAUGGGAGUCACCAGUAUCCACAAAAGCAAGAAGAAAGAGUACAUGUUAGCCUCAGGAAGUUAUGAUGAGCAUGUCAUUCUUUGGGACACAAGACAUAUGAAGCAUCUGAAAGAAUCCAAUGUAAAAGAAGACUUCUUGCAAUGGCUACAGCCCGUGUUCAGGAAACGCAUGAACAAUGGGAUAGAAGACAAACUGAAUAGACAAGCCAUGGCUGAUACAAGAGCAAUUAAAAAUCAAGAACAACAAGAAAGAAGACAAGCGAUAGUUGCUGCAAGAAUGAUUGAAACUGCAGAACAGCGAACAAUUGCCCAAAUAACAAAGAGAGGGGGAAUGGCUACUGCUAGAACAGCGAGAAGUUAG